AUGGGCUGUGGAGCAUUUUGCCCUAAAGUAUCUGAAUUACAGGAAGAAGGGAUAAAUGCCAUUAACUUACCUCUCAGUCCAAUUCCAUUCGAACUAGACCCUGAGGACACGAUGCUAGAGGAAAAUGAAGUCCGAACAAUGGUUGAUCCAAAUUCCAGAAAUGACCCAAAAUUACAAGAACUAAUGAAGGUAUUAAUUGACUGGAUUAAUGAUGUGUUGGUAGGAGAGAGGAUUAUUGUGAAAGACUUGGCUGAAGACUUGUAUGAUGGACAAGUAUUGCAGAAAUUAUUUGAGAAACUUGAAAGUGAGAAGCUGAAUGUUGCUGAAGUUACUCAGUCUGAAAUUGCUCAAAAACAGAAGUUACAGACAGUUCUUGAAAAGAUCAAUGAAACCCUUAAACUCCCACCAAGAAGCAUCAAGUGGAACGUUGACUCUGUUCAUGCGAAAAGUCUCGUAGCAAUACUUCAUCUUCUGGUUGCGUUAUCACAGUAUUUUCGAGCUCCAAUCAGACUCCCAGAUCAUGUGUCCAUUCAGGUUGUUGUUGUGCAGAAACGAGAAGGAAUCCUCCAGUCUCGACAAAUCCAAGAGGAAAUAACUGGUAACACUGAGGCAUUAUCAGGAAGGCAUGAACGAGAUGCAUUUGACACUUUAUUUGACCACGCUCCAGACAAGCUCAAUGUUGUGAAAAAGACUCUCAUCACAUUUGUGAACAAGCAUCUCAAUAAAUUGAAUUUGGAGGUCACUGAACUGGAGACACAGUUUGCAGAUGGUGUUUACUUAGUCUUGCUAAUGGGUCUCCUUGAAGGCUAUUUUGUUCCUCUGCACAGCUUCUUCUUGACUCCUGAUAGUUUUGAACAAAAGGUCCUUAAUGUAUCCUUUGCAUUUGAGCUAAUGCAGGAUGGUGGGUUGGAAAAACCAAAGCCAAGACCAGAAGAUAUUGUAAAUUGUGACUUGAAGUCUACACUGAGAGUACUGUACAAUUUGUUUACCAAAUACAGGAAUGUGGAGUGAAGAAUUGAUUUAGGACCGCGAAGGAGGUUUAACAAAGAAACCAUCAUAACUAGCAUAUUUUUCGUCAGUAUUCCUGUGCAUCUUUAUUCUAAAAGGAAGUAAACCAUUUAUCUGAAGAAUUUUUAAUUGAUUAUUCUUGCGCUACUAUUUUCAUAGUAGAUUUAAAACUAAGGCUAUGUAAAACUGAUCUAAAUUCUGAAGAAAAAUGUUUGCAGGAAUCUACCUGGGUAUCUUCUGGGAGAAUCCAUGGCUCAAUAAUCUCUCUGUCUUCUCACUGUUCUGUAGUAGGUGAAGCUACAACCAAAAAGACUUAGUAACUGUAAUUCAGAUCAGGUUUUUAAGCCAAUCAUAGCAAGUUUCUGUUUUGAGUAUCUAUUUUAAUAUUUUUUACAUUUUUGUUUCUAAUCUGGAGAGGGGAGGAGUAUCUUCUAUCCAUGGUAAGAUGGUUGCUUUCUAUUUGUGAGAAAUAUGCGUAGCGAGAAAGAGUUAAAUACUAUUGUUCACAUCACAGCUAAUAAGAAAGGACUUUCUCAAGCACUUAACCUGAUUAAUUUAUAUUUCCAGCGCUGUUAGGCUUGAAUUUUAUGGGUACAAACUGAAGUAGCUACUCGUUCCUUCAGACUACUUAUAGGGUGAUGCUCUGCUUUAAAUAUAUGUUACUGAGCACUCAGCAUAAGCACACUUUGCAGAUUGUUCACUCGUUUGUGUUCAAUGAAGAGAUCUUUUCUGCAACGUACAGAUUUCAGGAAAGAAAACCUCUAUAGUACAGUUUCCUUAUAAUGUUUGUAUUGUUGGCAUAGUGCUAGAAAGUAAAAGAAUGGCCUCUUUUCCUUAAUAGUAGUUGAAACACAGGAUUACUAGGUUGUAAGUGUAGAUUUACUACUAAAUGAGGUUUAGAAUCUGUCCCUUUGGCUGAUUUUAUGAUGAAUGUAUUUUGCUGCAUAAUAUCCAACACAAAAUAUAAGAUUCAUUUUCCAGAAACAUUCCUGUAGCCUUUCAGAUACGAAAACACUGCUUUUAGGUCAGAACUACUCCCAUCUGCAAAAACUCUAUGAAGCGCGAGCUUCUUUGAUCAUUUUACGUGGCUAAAAGGAAUACUUUUGUUCUUAUCUUGACCAAAUAUAAGCUGUGAUCUUUUUGGUUUUAGUUGUAACAAAGACACACGAGAAAUGGGAGCUGAUUCUUCCAUCAGCUAGUCCAUUAGACUGGUGCUAAUAUCAAGCACCAGUCAUGUUUUCAUAAAGAAGCUGAUGCAGACUGCCUGGCACAAGUGUAAAUCAUCAGAAACUACACGGCCAUAAGUUGAGGAGUUAAGUUAAUCACUUGCUAAAGGUCUUGAUGCUAGUAUUAGUUACCUUUCUAAAAGAAGUGGUCCAAUCCAACCACAGAUUCUUGGGUUCCUGAGUUACACAGUAAGGGAAAAAAAACCCUUUGGCAGAAAUGACUAGACUAUUUAGAAAUCUUUGGACUCUUUAGUGCAGGAAGUACACUUUGGAAUAGUCAUCUGAUUAUGGUUGAACUGGUAUAGAUGAAAGAGAAAGCAAUCUGUCAGCUCUUGACCUUGUCCAUAUAUUUUUCUUUUUUUUUUCUGGGCUUUCUGUUUUUCAUGUAUAAUUUUGCAGCACAACUUUAGCAUAGAGUGAAGGCAAGUAAUUACGUUCUAUCUUUAAUGAACACUAACUGGUGUUAAAUAAUAAGCUGAUAUUGACUUCUUCUGAGGGGACUAUAGAAACUAUUCUCCUGAGAAGUAAAUAUCAGCUUUUGCAAAAGAAAGGUCAAUAUUUAAUUCAAAGGACAAUAAACCUGAGUGUUCUCUGAACGCAGAAAUCAAUAGUGGUAUUGUUAUACGCAUUCUAAAUAUCUUCAUUAAAAUAUUUGGGUACAUUUUGUUUAUAUAUUUUUAACUGAAUUUGUAAAGUUAGAGGUGCAGAAAAGAACAAUUAUUUGCCUUUUAUAGAGGUAAAUAACUGAACAUUUUGACCUCAGUGAAAAUGAACAUAUGUUUUCUUUAGUCUAUUAUAUUAUUGAUCUUUUGGAGAAGCUAAACAAUAGGAAUUCGUCAAGCGUUUUCUAAGAGACGAAACAUCUCAUGCUAUAUUAGUUUGUUUUAAUGUUCGGCAUGUAAGUUGUUCAUUUGCAAAACUAGACUGCAGUAAUUGCAGUAGUUCAUUAACAAAUGUAUGAUGGUUUUUCUGCAGAUCAGACUCAGCUGAAAUACUUUUUCACAUCUUGUCAGCAGUGCCAAAACAUUUUGGUUGUCCUUGUUUUCAGGAAUGCGCUUUUCUUUAAAGAGGAGAGUUAUUCAUGUAAAGGAAAAGGGUUAGGAACAGUGAGACUGGGUUUUUGCUUGGACUUGAAAAUAUAUAUUCCUGUACUAUAUGGGUAUGACAUUACUAGAGAUACUGAAAUCUGUCACACUAUUUUCCAUCUUUAAAAAGCAUAAAACUGAGACAGAAUGAUGAAAUCCUUAUGCUGAAGUGCAAUGAUGCAGAACCAUACAACAUUUCAACAAAAUGCAAACCUUUACACAAAUAUCUGUAGGAAUUCAUGUAAAUUAAAAUCUGCUAUAGAAACAAGAGCAUCAUGUCUAAAUACAGACCCAUGUGAUAGUUUUAACACAUGCACACAAACAGUAUAGGCUGCCAUGUAGGAGUGGGUCACUGCUUAUAUUUUUGACAAUAUAGAUUUAAGUAGCUAUCAGAUAAAUAUGAAAACUAAUAUACAGAUUAUAUCUAAUAUUUAUUGCUUUGGUAUAGAUUAUUAUAGGAAUAUAGAAUAAUACUAUAGAUAGUUUACUCUUCAACACUCGGUGCAGGCCAACACUUUCCUUCAGGGAUGUAAAAGGAUAUCAUCCUUCAGGGAUGAUAUCCUAGCGGGGCCAAAUUCUGCUGACACCUAGGAGGCUUUUAUUCUUGAUACACAGCAGUGUAUAUGAAUGUAUGGCUGAAUGCAGAAUGUGCCUCACUGUUUAUAUUAGGAUAGAAGUUGUUUAAGUUUCAGGUCAAUCUUGGUCUUAUUUUUAAUCACUUUAAAUGAUAUCCAAAUCGAUGGAUUUAGCCCGCAUAAGACCUGAACAGUCACCUGGAGGCAGCCUGUGAUCUCGAGGCUGUUCUCUUCAUGCUUUGACUCAGUUCCUAAAGCCAGGUGGCAUGAGUCCAGGCUACUGCCUUAAGAUCUCAUGAUGAUCUCUGGGUCUGACACACCAAAUCAAUGUGCUUCUGCUUCUAUGUGGUGUUCUGUCGCAUGGAGGCCCACAGGUUGUUGAAACCACAGGAAGCUGGCAGAGUAUUAGCCUGCCAUGAAGGUCAAAAAGACAAUAAACAUUUCUGCCAUCAGGCCAUUAUGAAUCUGCCAAACGAACAGGGUUCUCUCUGCUUCUGCCACUUUUAAUCUAUCCAUUUGCUGUGGCAGCUGUGUGGUGACAAGCUCUGUUUUCAUGUCUGGAGAUGGGCAUCCUCUGCCUGUUGACCCAUCCCAGGAGAUUAUGUCAACCACACGCAAUUUUUUUUUUUUCCAAAGAGGAGCUACAGAUUUUUGUAGUAUGUCAAAAAGAGAUUGUCAAAAUAGUUACCUAAAAUCCUAGUAUCUUAAGGUCAACUCCUUUCAAAUUUAUUUCCCAGCUCACUGGCAUUUAGUCACCAUAAAGAACAGGCUCCAGAAAAAGGUGUCAAAGGAAUCUUUGCAUAAUUUUACCUGAGAUGCACAUACCAAGCCCAUAAUUGGAUUGCUCUAUAGUUCAGAGGGAGUUGUAGACUCACUGAGUCACUCAGUUAUUAUUGAAAAGGGUGACCACAGACUACCUAGUUUUUGCUAGUUCUUAGUCUGCAGAUAUCUCCCUAUUGUAGGGGGAACAGCAGCCCUUGCAGCCACAUAGUUCAGACACUUGAGUGGACCAACAAAUGCUGGAUAAGGUCCUAAUCUACUUCUUUUGACUCUGGACCAAGCUGCUUGUUGGCAUAUCUCCAUGUAAAUCAAUGGCAUGACAUCAACAGACCAUUUGGUCCCUUCUCUUUUACAGAGGGUUACAGUAUUUGAGCGUGGUUUACAUUCAGGCACACUACAUUGAUUGAGCUAAAUGCUACUUGAUUGACCUUUGCUCAUACUCGUUUUCAUAAAGUAUGUUUUUAAAUUCGUAUUUCAGACUAAUUUAGCAGAUACCUUACGCCAAGACAAAGUGUUGUAAACCAGAAUGGCUUCUAAAACUGGUAGGUUUUAUUUCAUUAGAGAGAAAGAUACUAUACAUAGAGAGAAAGAUACUAUACAUUAGCUUUAGGUCUACUUAUUCUUGUCCUAUCCAAACAGUCUUCAUGCAUUGUCCGUGUGUGGCAAGCACCCAAAAAAAGAAUAGUGCCUUGGAGACCUCUUGCAAGAUUUUCUUCACUGUUACCUAACCGACUUUUGUCAUUUUACUAUAAGGAUUAGUGUAGGUUUUCUCUUUACAGUUAAUUUAAACUUCAAGGCAGAAGAAGUCCUUGUAGAAAGUUUAAAAAAAAAAAAAAAUCUCAUUUUAAACUAAUUUUAAGUGUCACAUGAAAAAUAGUCUGUUGCAAGCAGAUAGUGGCACCAAAAUUAUACAUACCUCAACAUCCACAUAUUUUCCAAAGAUAUUUUGAGUCAUUAAACAUUAACUAGGGCUAAUCUCUUGUAUUUGAUGAUAUAUUCUGUGUGCCUAUUUCUAUUUACAAUAAUAAGAGGGUUUUUUUCUGUUUAAUAUUACACACUGCAGCACUGUUAGUGUUAUUUAAAUAUUUGAUUCUAAAUCUCAAGAUCAAACUCAUUAAAAACUGACACACAAUAAGGAUUUGCAAAACUUGCUUAAUAAAGUGUGUAUCUGAAAAUACUAGUUAGUCAGAAUUAAACUGCCUUGCUUUCAGCUGCAGAGUUAGUAGCUUUCACAAAAUAUAUUUUAUGUAUUGUGUAAAUAAGAGACAGUCCAUCACUGAUUUUUUUUCCUGUACUUUUUCCUGAAACCUUUGUUACGAUCCACAAUAAAAUUUGCACCUGAAAAUCUA